CCGAGCCGUGCCGUGCCGCCGGGCCGCAGCGUGACUCUCUGAACCUGUGAAAUGGCAGUGAUGGGAAUUACAUGCCAAGGAGCUCCUGAUCCAGCCGUCAAGCACAAGAAGGAGCUCACAGCUACGAAGGGGCUGAACGAGACAGUGAGUGAAAAGCAGAGCAGUGUUUGCAAAGUAGAAGAUUCAAAGAAGGUCAUCUUUCACAGUCAGUGGAAAAUCCUGAAUGAUGUAAUCACCAAAGGAACAGCAAAAGAAGAAACAGAAGGAGGCUGUGCAUCAAUUUCUAUUAUUGCCCAAGCAGAAUGUGAAAACAGUCAGGAGUUCAGCCCCACUUUAUCAGAGAGAUCCUUUAUUGCUCAUAGUAAGCGUUACAGCCGGUCAGACAGUCUCGAUCAAAUCCCUAACAAUGUGGCCCAUGCAACGGAGGGGAAGAUGGCACCUACCUGUUGGAGAGGAAGGCAUCGUGGUAAGACGAAAAAGAAACGUCACAAGAAAAGAUCCAAGCUGAAAAUACAAACAGUGGCUGCUGGCAGGCGAGGUCCCAGAACUCCAGAACAAGAGAGCUGCACCCCAAUUCCCGUCCAGGAGGAUGAAUCACACCAAAAUAUUCUUUACAGAAACAAUUUUUGGGUUUCAGAAUUUGACAAGGACUUGGUGUAUGAUCCGCUGCCAUUUGAGAAACCUGAGAAAGUUCUGUCUAUGGGCAAACUCCAUUCACCAAGGAGCCAAUACAAAACAGAACUGCACAAGUUGAUAAGCCCUAUUCAGUGCCUUAAUCAUGUUUGGAAACGGCACUAUCAGAGGGACAGUGUUCCACAGCCUGAAACUCUCCAUCCUUUUCCCUACAACAUAAUACCCCCUCAUUUCCCACAUCUGGACAGUCCUCUCCAUGCCAUGAAACGUAAUGCUCUGGAAACAUACUUCCAUGGUGAUCUCAACUAUCAAGACAGUGAGCAUCGCUUAUCUGGCCUAAACCUAGAAUAUAGUUUCCCUAAAUGCGUCAACCAGUCCAUGAAAACGAGUUCGGACAAGAUUUCUGUGGAAGAAUACUUGGUAGACGCCUUGAAGGGGAGUGUGAGUCUUGGUGAACCACAAAAUUUAGCCAGCCUAGCCAAGACGUGGAGAGGAGGUGGUCUGGACCCAAAGGAACAAUUUCGUGAAGCAGAUGAAAAUGAAGGCGUGCUACUUAAUGAGAAACUAAAGCCAGUGGAUUAUGAGUACCGAGAAGAGGUUCAUUGGACCAAGUGUCACGGUUCUUUGGGCAUUGGCUCUUUUGGAGAAGUAUAUAAAAUAGAGGACAAACAGACGGGAUUUCAGUGUGCUGCCAAAAAGGUGCAAGUUGAACACUUUCGUGCAGAGGAGUUAACGACAUGUGCUGCACUAACAAGUCCUAAAGUUGUCCCUUUGUACGGAGCUGUGAAGGAGGGACCUUGGGUGACCAUCUUCAUGAAGCUGAUGGAGGGUGGCUCACUAGGUCAGCUAAUUAAACAGAGUGGUUGCCUGCCAGAGGACAGAGCCCUCAGUUAUUUGGGCCAGGUAUUAGAGGGCUUGGAGUAUCUUCACGCUCAAAACAUUCUCCAUGGAGAUGUAAAAGCGGAAAAUGUGCUCUUGUCUGAUGAUGGAAGCAGGGCUCUUCUGUGUGACUUCGGUCACUCUGCUCACCUUCAUCCAGAUGGCCUGGGAAAGUGCUUGGUCACAGGGAACUAUGUGCCUGGCACAGAGACUCAUAUGGCUCCGGAGGUGGUCAUGGGAAAGCGCUGUGACUCCAAAGUGGAUGUCUGGAGCAGCUGCUGUAUGAUGCUGCACAUGCUUAAUGGGUGCCACCCUUGGACCCAGUAUUACAAUCACCCGCUCUGUCUGAAGAUAGCUAAAGAGCCACCUCCUGUGAGGGAAAUUCCACCUUCCUGCAACCCUCUCACUGCUGAGAUUAUUAAAAUGGGUCUGGAGAAAGAGCCUGUUCAGAGAGCAUCUGCGUCUGAACUGAAAACUAAGACCAGUGUCGCACUUGAAGAAGUGGGAGGUGUGACAAGCCCCUGGAAAGGGGAAUACAGAGAGCCAAGACAUUUGUCUUUGAACAAAGAAAACAAUCCACAGACGUCCCUGUCCCCCACAGUGAUCCCAGUUUCUGAGACUGGUUCUGACCCAAAAUUGGCAGUCAAAGUUUCUUGUGCGAGCCCAGUCCUACCACCACCACCACCUCUGGAGCAAACAGAGGAGGUCGAGGGAACCCCUUGGAACGUGUGCAAGGAGUUAUCUGAGACCUGGGAUCCCCCACCCCUCUCCUCAACUCCUCUCUCCCUGAAGAACUGCAGCCAUGUGGAGAGAGCAACAACCAUUUCAGAACAAGAGCUUCAGCAGCUGGAAAUAGAACUGUUUUUGAACAGCCUUUCACAGCCUUACUCGCUGGAAGAGCAAGAACAAAUGCUUUCAUGUCUCAGCAUCGACAGCCCCUUUGUGUCAGAUGCCAGUGAGAAGAACUCCAUGAAGGCUUCUCAUAGCUUGAGGGACACUAUGAGCUCUGGGAUUCAUUCCUGGAACAGCCAGGCGGAUGGACAGAGCUUCAGCUGGAACAACCUGCUGAACCGCAGUCGGCACACAGACACUCCCAGCUAUUUCAACGGAGUAAAAAUCCAGAUCCAGUUGCUAAGCGGCGAAAAUUUACAUAUCAGGGAUUUCCACAGGACGAAGGUGGGAGACAUUGCCACUGGGAUAAGCAGCCAGAUACCAGUCCCUGCUUUCAGUCUGGUCACUAAAGAAGGCCAGCCAGUUCACUACGACAUGGAGGUCCCCGACUCUGGUAUUGAGCUGCAGUGCACCCUUGCCCCUGACUGCAGCGUCAGCUGGACUUGGCGAGUCAAACACGGUCAACUGGAGAACAGACCAUGAAGCCGUUCCUGUUGUGGAGGUUUUUACCUUGUUGAAAGAAGGAAUUGCAAAAGCUUCCAACCACCCCUGCCAUGGAGCACCAAGUGCGGUUGCUGGUGUUUUGUGCUGAAGUAGGAUAGCGGUUCAGCAGCUCACUGCUCUCAGGCCUCACUUCUGUUGUCUGUUCUGAUCCAGUUCCAAGACAUGUCCUGAGCUUAGAUGUUCCCCAGAACAGUGGGAAAUACUUGUUUUGGGUGUGAGUGUUAGGUUGAGCUUGAGAAUGGUGGGUGGAAAUUCCUGCUUUUCAGAGGAAUGCGAUUGUGCUUUUCAGGAGAAUAGGGGGAUUGGAUGAGAACUCCUGUUGCUCAGCCUCCGAGGUGAGGCCGGUAGUUACUGGGCUUGCCCGAAGGAGGAGGUUGAGUAUCUUCAGUGCAGCUGUGGUGGUUUGUGCUGAGGGGAGCUGGCUAACUUCCUUCUAGCUGGAGGAAAAACUUAACGUUUCUGUAGGCUUUGGGUAGCAUCAUCUCUACCUCAAGCCUUUUGCAUGGGGAAAAUUGACAGCAGUAACUAGCUGGGUUCUUGGUUUCACCUCCCACCCUUCCCCGCAGACGCUUCCUUCUUGAAUCAGAAAAGAACUUUGUUCCCAGAAAGAGCUUUGCUUGCAGCUCUCAUCUUCAGGUCUCCUCCCCGACUUAGGAGCUGGUGCUCUCUCUCUGGUGUUGCUGACGACGUUGUCUGGCAGGUAGGGCAGGAGGAGGGUAAGGUGUUCCUUGGUGGGCAGGGUGAAGGGGUUGUAUUCCUCCAUCCUGUUUCCACCGCUGACUUGGGACUUCACGUGAACUGGCCCGUCCAGGCAGCUCCCCGUGGAGGGGGAAGGGAUGGUGGCUCCGUCAGCUUGGACAAGGUCUGAAUUUUGCUGCAGAGUUUAAAAAAAAAAAAAAAUCCCACUCGCAGCUAUCAGUCUAGCUGGCCGCUCAGCCCCUCCGCUGGAGAGCAGCGCUUCAGUUCUGCGUGGCGUCUUAGCUCAGCCUGUCUUCACCAGCACUUACGGACGGGCACGAGGCUUCGUACUGCUCCCCUUAUGUCAAAAUGUGUUAAAGGAGUGGGAUGGGCAGCUGGGCCCAUAAUGCCUUAAGCUUUGAACUUUUUUUUUACUGAUUUGUGAAGUGUUUGGAGUAUACUGAAAUUGCAUGGGUCGAAUUCAGAUGAGCAGGUGUUGUCAGCCCUUCUGUAACCCAGAACAAAACCAGAGGGAGGUGUAAGCUAUGAGUGUACUUGUUCAGGACUGCUCAAAGUCCUUGCAUGCCUGGAAAUCACGGUCACUUGAUAGUGUGCUGUGGCUCUUCCAGUGUGCUGUAUCUACAGUGGCCUCUGAGCGGGGGCUAUCUACAUCCAGGCUGAAUAGAGAAACGGUUCCCAAAAAGCAAGGUAGGCCCUGCCGGAUCCGUGCUGGUUCUGGGAGACACAACGGGGCAGGAGUGUUGGCAGUUUUCUCAAGUGAAGUUCGCUUACAAAUUAACUGGGAAAAGUUACACU